AUGUCUUCGCCAGAGGAGCUCAACUUCGAAUCUGGAAAUGUAAAAUUAUCUUUAAUACAAUAUCGAAAUACGUUUAAUCAUGGCACUACAGUAUGGGAUUCUUCUGUGAUAACCGCUUAUUAUAUGCAAAGCCUCUUAAAUUCAUAUAAUCCAAUUAAAAAAAACAUGACUUGCAUAGAACUAGGUAGUGGUUGUGGUCUAUUAGGUUUAGUGAUGUGCUCUUUAGGAUUUGAAACAACUUUGACUGAUUUAGCUGCCGUCGUAGAUGAUGUAUUAAAAGAAAACGUACGACGUAACUUAUUUAUUUUCAAUAAUCAACCUCAAAAUAAUGAAAAUUUUCAACAUAAAGCUUACGUUAAAGUAUUAGAUUGGACAACACAACUUUCUUCCGAUUUUACUCCCCCAUAUGAUUAUAUCGUUGCUUCUGAUUGUAUCUAUUCAUUGGACCUAAUUCCUUAUUUUGCAAAAUGUUUAUAUGAUCUUUCUGGCGACAAAUCCGUAAUCGUUUGUGGAAUGGAAAGAAGAGAUCCGAUUGUUAUAGAUAACUUUUUGAAUGAAUGUAAGGAAAAAUAUUCUUUUAAUAUUUCUAAAAUUCCUGUUAGCAAAGUAAAGAAAAUAUUAAAGAGAAUCAAUAAUUUGAAUGACGAAAAGUUAACACAGGUGGAGAUUUAUAGAUUAAAAAAGAUCGAUGUUUAA